AUGGAGUAUCCUAAAGGAUGGGCGCCUGCGCCUAGAUGGUCAUCUGUUUCGGACCGCCUCUCUAUCACACGAUCAGUUAUUGACUAUCUGGCAAAGAAAGGUUAUAAUCGAACGGAAGCAAUUUUCCGGAUGGAAUCAGCGAAUCAAGAGCUCGACGGACGGCCAGUCCUCCCCGUUGCGAGUGAUACCCAUCCAAAGUUCAGGGCAGCCUUUGAGAUAACGAAACUAUGGGUCGAAGACAACUUGGAGAUUUACAAGCCUGAGCUUAGACGUGUCCUUUGGCCGCUAUUUGUCUACUCAUAUUUAAACCUUAUCAAGUCUAUGACGCCACUGGAAGGCCGUCAGUUUUUUGAGGGGAACAAAAAUCUGUUUCUUCCCGAACACACAGACGAUAUCCGUGCAUUGCAGACACUAGCUCUUCCCGAACAUGUUCAGGACAAUCACAUCGCGAAGCUCUAUCUCGAGAACAAGUACCGUCUCACGUUGAGUAACCCAGCUUUUUCUAACCUGAUGCAAUUUCUCGAAACUAAGCACAAAGAGGGCGGAACUGUUAUGUCUGCCCUGCUGAGCAGCUAUUGCACUAUCAUUACAAAGGACCGUGCUUCGGAUGACCGAUUCAGUUUUGGAGCAAUGUUGGCUAGGGGCAAAGAUUCAGCCGGUGUACCCGCUGAGGAUGAAGGCAUCCCCGGUCAUCAUCCUGGCUCUGCUUAUACUGGUGACAAUCCUGGAAUAGCUGGAACUCUUCCACGGCUUAAAUUGGGACAACUACCUCCGGAAACCGCCUUGGAGGGAGACGUUCGGGGGGAGCUAGAGGAAGAGGAUUCUAAGGAAGACCUUGGACCCGGCAAAGAAACUCUUGUCCAACAUUUUGACCAGAUGAUCAAGAAGGAGGAGGAUCUUGACGCACCCUCCCGCUCUGAAAUCCCUUACCCCCCUUCUACUGCGCGGGACGUAGCUAUGGAAGUCCAGAAAGUUAAAGAAAAUCGUGACAGAUUUAAAAUUGACGGUCGAAGUGGAGGGGUUGCCCCUGGAGUCAGCGUGUGCAUGUUUACGUUCCAUAAUGCAAACCAAGGAAUUACCUGCAUGGAUUUUUCUGGAGACAACACUCUUGUAGCUGCUGGGAUGCAAGAUUCUUAUAUCCGUGUUUGGAGUCUCGAUGGGCGCCCCAUUCCCGCCACAUAUCCCGAUUCGGACGAUCCAACUCCGAAAAAUUCCCAUAGAUUGUACGGUCACUCUGGCCCAGUUUAUGCUGUGUCUUUUGCUCCGUCUAUAGCAAGCCCAGAUGACGCUGAAGUCAAAACCAAUGCUCGUUGGCUGCUUUCCUCAUCCGCUGAUCAAACAAUCCGCCUUUGGUCUCUUGACCUUUGGAGGUGUAUCGUUGUUUACAAAGGCCAUGCUGGUCCGGUAUGGAGCCUGUCCUGGGGCCCAUUUGGACAUUACUUCGUUUCCGGUGGCCACGACAAAACUGCGCGACUUUGGGUUACAAAUAAAAUUCGACAGCAACGUAUCUUCGCCGGGCAUGAUCAGGAUGUUGAUUGCGUAUGCUUUCACCCAAACUCUGCAUACGUAUUUACUGCAAGCUCUGACCAUACUGUUCGCAUGUGGUCUGUAAGCACGGGUAAUGCCGUUCGUAUGUUUACUGGCCAUACGGGAAACAUUACCGCUGUAUCAUGUAGCAACGAUGGACGACUUCUUGCUUCUGCUGAUGACCAUGGAACUAUUAUUUUAUGGGAUCUUGCCCCUGGAAGGCUACUGAAACGCAUGCGUGGCCAUGCUAAGGGUAGCAUUUGGUCGUUAUCCUGGAGCGCUGAAUCAAAUGUCCUUGUAUCAGGGGGUGCAGACGGUACAGUCCGUGUCUGGGAUGUGGCUGGACCUCCUAGUGAAGCAGCUACUGGGCAAGGCCGUGUCCUUAGUGAGUCUGGGGGAGGCACUAAGAUCGAUGCCUCAAGUUCCACGAGUGGAACGACUAAUCAAGCAUCUACAGCAACUUCUGUUGCAGUGGGGCCUGGGGCACCUAAAUCAGGCACAUCUAAAGGAAACUCUGCUAAGAAGAAAAAAGGAAAAGAUGCAGUUGUUACGGCAGACCAGAUCAGCGCAUUCCCAACUAAGAAAACUCCAGUGUUUAAUGUCACCUUUACUAGGAUGAACUUGGUGAUUGCUGGAGGAGCGUACACCCCCUGA